AUGAUUGCAGCUGCUGCCAGACUGUGCCUCUUGGCCUCUGUGGCCCUUUUGGUCUCCCUGGAAAACAACGACGUUGAUGGCGCACCACGGAGGACCUGUUUCCUCCCCAAAACCCCGGACAACCGGGGCGCAUUCCGGACAAUACGGAACAAAUACGAGGAUUUGAGGUUUAAUGGAGUGGAGCCCUGGCAAAAUUGCUCCGAAAAGUAUCUCCAGCUGCCCAAAAUGGACAAUCUGACAAAAUGGGAGAAGAUGGAAGCCAUGGGGCUCCAGCUGAACCUCGUCAUCCCCGUCCUGCAAAACCAGAGUGAGACCACUUUCGCCAAGGAUACCUCCAAGGUGCUGGAGUUCCUGCUGCCUUACAGAGACGAACUCAAAGUCUGUAUGCAACACAGACCUUCCCAACAUCAAGAGUCCGGCUAUUUGCAGGGAUUCAAGGAAGGGCUGCAGCAAUUUAAUAGCAGCAACACCGAGCAAUCUCCGAAAUGCCUAGAGGUCGCAGUAGGGAUGAAUAUCCUCAGCGUGCUUCAAGAGAUCAAAAACAUCAGCCUGCAUUAUCAUCAUCAUCAUCAUCAUCAUUAUCAUCAUCACCGCCAUCAUUCUAACAACUGA